AGAGACAUGAGUCACCGACACCAGCGAGACAGCGACCGACCACCGACAUCCCGACCACCGACCAGACAUGGCGCUCCCCUUGUACGUUAGCAUGUUAGCAUGUUAGCUUCCUUCUACUGUCAGCCACAGGAGGCGCGAGACGAAGACGGACUGUUAAUGAGGCUGGAGGCGAUGCACGAGCUGCACAGGGUGACUGCAACCUGAGACACACACACACACACACACACACACACACACACACACAGACACAACCACCCAGAGCAACCUGAGAAACACAGAGACACACAGAGCAACCUGAGAUACACACAGACAUACACACAGACACACACACGCACACACAGCAACCUGAGAUACACACAGAGCAACCUGAGAUACACACAAACACACAGACACACAGACACACACAGAGCGACUUGAGAUACACACAGACACACACAGAGCAACCUGAGAUACACACAAACACACAACGCCACCUGAAUUACACACAGACACACACAGACACACAGCCUGUGCUGCAGGGAGCAUCUCACAGAGUCGUCAUCACUUGAUGAACCUGCAGCUGCAGAUCAACUUGUUGCUCUUCAAUGAUCCAGAUGUUGCUUCAACCUGACGGAGAACAUCCAGGCCCCCAGCAGCUGAACCUCGGAAACACCGACAGCAACUACAACAUGUACGACAUGUGAAGCAACUCCACAACAUGUUUUCCUAUGUUGAACAACAAGAGACCACAGCAACUACACCGACAGCUCCUCAACGUCCAGCAGCUAAUGAACAGGAACUGGACGACUGUUAAUCAUCUGUGUUGCUUCAACCAGAGAGAAACCUUCAGCAGAUUAAAAACCAGCAAGGUACCAAGCAACAGCAUCUAGAACCCAGAGCAGCCAGCACCUUCACCAGCAGGUGAAGACGACAGCCAACAGAAUGAGCCAGCUGAAGGAGGCGGAGCCUUGCCGGGAGCUGGAGGGCAAGGUGCAGACCUGGGCUCAGUCACUGGUUUACACUUUGGAGGAGCUGGAGUGUAAAAUCUGUUACAACCGGUACGACACUCGCAGCAGGAAGCCGAAGCUUCUGGGAUGUUUGCAUCGCGUCUGCGCCAAGUGCCUGAAGAAGAUGGUGGACAUGGGAGAGUCCUCGCCCUCUGUCAUCAGCUGUCCAUUCUGUCGUCAUGAGACGCACGUCCCUGAUGAAGAGGUGUGGUUGAUGGAGGACGACCGACACAUUCUGGCGGUGUUGUCGUGUCAGGACCGAGCUCGGCGUGGAGGAGGAGGAGGGGGGGUGGUGUUGAGUCCUUCAUGCCUCACCGCAGGGGGCAGCGUGGAGGCGUCGCACCGCUCCGCAGACUGCCUGGUCAUCACCAUCAUGGAACUUCCUGAAUCGUCUCCCUCGUCGGACUCACUGAGCACGCUCAACGUGGUGGGUGUGUACCGCCCCCCCAGCAUCGACUCGCUGCCCUGUCACCUGCCCCCCCACAAGUGUCACAACUGGACGUCCCGCAGCGUCCCUCGCUGCCUUCUGGGGGCGCUGUGUCUGGUGUUCUUCAGCUCGCUGCCUCUGGGGAUUUACCUGCUCAUGAUUGGUCAGCUGUGGUUGGGCGUCGUCCUCGUCAGUCUGGUCCCGUCCACGCUGCUCCUCCUCGUCGUCUACGGCUUCUGUCAGUGUCUCUGCCACGAGGUGAUGGAGGCGCUCGCCACCCGCACACACACACUGCCGUGACCACACAACACACACACACACUGCCGUGACCACACAACACACACACACACUGCCGUGACCACACAACACGCUGCCAUGACCACGCAACAUGCUGUCAUGACCACACAACACGCUGCCAUGACCACACAACACGCUGCCAUGACCACGCAACAUGCUGUCAUGACCACACACACGCUGCUAUGACCACACAACACGCUGCCAUGACCACACACACGCUGCCAUGACCACGCAACAUGCUGUCAUGACCACACACACGCUGCUAUGACCACACAACACGCUGCCAUGACCACGCAACAUGCUGUCAUGACCACACACACGCUGCUAUGACCACACAACACGCUGCCAUGACCACACACACGCUGCCAUGACCACGCAACAUGCUGUCAUGACCACACACACGCUGCUAUGACCACACAACACGCUGCCAUGACCACGCAACAUGCUGUCAUGACCACACACACGCUGCUAUGACCACACAACACGCUGCCAUGACCACACAACAUGCUGUCAUGACCACACACACGCUGCUAUGACCACACAACACGCUGCCAUGACCACACAACAAGCUGCCAUGACCACACAACACGCUGCCAUGACCACACAACACGCUGCCGUGACCACACAACACGCUGCCGUGACCACACAACACACACACACACUGCCGUGACCACACAACAAGCUGCCAUGACCACACAACACGCUGUCAUGACCACACAACACGCUGUCAUGACCACACAACACGCUGCCAUGACCACACAACACGCUGCCAUGACCACACAACAAGCUGCCAUGACCACACAACACGCUGUCAUGACCACACAACACGCUGCCAUGACCACACAACACGCUGUCAUGACCACACAACACGCUGCCAUGACCACACAACACGCUGCCAUGACCACACAACAAGCUGCCAUGACCACACAACACGCUGUCAUGACCACACAACACGCUGCCAUGACCACACAACACGCUGUCAUGACCACACAACACGCUGUCAUGACCACACAACACGCUGCCAUGACCACACAACACGCUGUCAUGACCACACAACACGCUGCCAUGACCACACAACACACUGCCAUGACCACACAACACGCUGCCAUGAUCACACAACACGCUGUCAUGACCACACAACACGCUGCCAUGACCACACAACACGCUGCCAUGACCACACACACGCUGCCAUGACUACACACACCCUGCCAUGACCACACACACGCUGUCAUUACCACACAACACGCCUGUUGGCCCACACCCCAUCUAAAAACCAGCAUAACUACAGCCAAUCACAAGAGGGAGGCGGAGUCUGAUGUUUUCUCUCCGUUGCCUCCUGCUGGAGGAACUGAGAACUGCAGAUCACGACUGAAAUAUGAAUCAUCCUCCAAGUGUCGGACUGAACUCAUGAAUCAGGAACUGACCAAUGACUGAGAUCAGAACAUCAAAGACUGUUAGCUUAGCUUAGCACAAAGACUGCAAGCAUGGGGAAAUGUUAGCCUAGCUUAGGAAAAAGACUGGAAGCAAUUGAAACAGGUUAGCUAGCUUAGCAGGAAGUAAUGCAGGGGAAGCUGUUAACCUUGAGCUGUUUGUGCUAAGCUAGGCUAGCACUCCUGGGUUAGGCUCUGGAGAGUUGGACUUCCUUUACGGUUUGUGUCUCUUUAAAGUGCCAUCAUUUGAUUUCAUGUUUGAUUUAGGAAUCUUGUGAUGAUGAUGAUGAUGAUGAUGAAUGAUGAUGAUGAUGAUGAUGAUAGUCAGCUGAUCAUCAGGGCACGCACUGAUGAUCAGCUGACCUGUUCUAUCACUUCCUGUCUGUGUAGAGGGCAAAUCAGAUUAGUUUCCUUAUAAAAUCUAAAAAAACGACCCCACGACGGUUCACAGAUUAAUUUUGAUGAAGUUAAAAUCACUAACAUGACACUUUAGCUUAGCUUUAGCCUUCAUGGUGUUCCAUCGUAGAAGCUAACGGCUACUAAACUAACAGUUAGCAUUAUGUAUCAAUAUAGCUUGUGUAGAGUAAGGGGCGUAUUGGUGUUUAGCUUAGCAUUAGCUAAUCAACAAUAGUUUAGUAUUGAUUGUAUGAUUAUAAAAAUUAUCAUAAUUUUCCUAUCAUCAUUUUUACAGCUCUUUGAUCUUAGCACUAUUAGCAUCAAAGAGGCAAACUAUUGAGAAUCUGAAGGUUUAAUUAUCUUUAUUUCAUUAAACAUGAAAGAAGAGGUGUUGACCUCUGACCCGGGUCAGGUGAGACAGAGGUGUUUACCUGUGAGGCAGAACUGAGGGUAAAAUAAAGAGUCUUGUGGGAGAGGUUCAGGUGUCAGCUGUUAAUUAAAAACACUGAGGAUCCCUGGAGUCUAAGAGGAGGAAGAGGAGGAAGAGGAGGAGGAAGAGGACGAGUGUUGAUAGAAACCCGAGCGAUCGUCGUUCACACAAACAGACGCUGAUCCACAGCAGAACGUCUGAAAGGAAACGAGUCGACUGAUCCGUGUCCUGACGUCAGGU